CUGAGAAUUCAAACCGAAGGGCAGCCCAGCCUGAGAGGCUGUCCUCUGCAUGAAUCGUUAUUUGCUGCCUUCAAUGACACUACCUGAAGCAUUAGCUGGAAUUCUGGAGCUAUACUGAACAGGCAUCUUCCAUUACAUACACAUCCAGGAUGGAACGUGGACAAAGCUGGGAUGAAGAUGUGGAACCUGAUUCAAAUAUUGAAAUGUCAGCUAUGAAUACAGGUCCAAAAGGGGUAAUAAAUGAUUGGAGGAAGUUUAAGCUGGAGAGUGAAGACCAUGAAACCACUCCUUCAAACAAAAGACAACUCCUUAGACAACUGUCAUCACCAUAUCGAUCUCUCAGUAAGGGCAAAGACACAAGAGAGAAGUUAAGUCGUAAGAUGAGUGUGCAGGAAUAUGAAAUGAUCCAGGGCAAAGAAGAUGAGACCUGUCUUCGUAAAUACCGUCAGCAGUGUAUGCAGGAGAUGCACCAGCAGCUGAGCUUCGGGCCUCAUUUUGGAAUGGUCUAUGACCUGGAGAACAGUGAUCAGUUUUUGGAAGUGAUUGAAAAAGAGUUGAAAAAAACAACUGUGAUGGUGAACAUUUAUGAAGAUGGAGUGAAGGGCUGUGAUUCUAUGAUUAAUUCCCUAACAUGUCUUGCUUUGGAAUAUCCCUUGGUCAAGUUCUGUAAAAUAAAGGCCUCUAAGACUGGGGCUAGUGACCGCUUCUCUGACCACAUUCUCCCAGCGUUACUCGUGUACAAGGCAGGCGAGCUGAUCGGCAACUUCAUACACAUCACCAAGCAGCUGGGUGAAGAAUUCUUUGCAGUGGAUGUUGAAUCCUUUCUAAAUGAAUAUGGGCUUUUGCCAGAAAGGGAAUUCACCGCAUGCAAAAAUGCCAGUGAUUGUAGUGAUGUUGAUAUUGAGUAAAUCCCUGUACACUGAAGUUCAGUCUGGUUAGAGCCCAGUCUGAUAGAGGAAAAAUUAAUCUCAAACAAUCUAACUCAACUGCUAGUAUUCUGGAGUUCCAAUGAACUCAAAUAAGACAACCAUCUUCAUGCAAAAAAUGUUUUUUUCUCUACAUUGUAAAUACAGAUAUAGAUAUCAACAAGUGCACGUGUGUAGUGAUAGUGAUGCUAGAUGCCUGUUGUCUAUGUGCCUUGGCCCGUCCUCUUGUGUCAAGGCAAGACUACCUUCGUGGCUGCAGUAUUUCAGUUGGAAGGCAAUUGUCUGUCAGUGGAGCAGCCUGCAGAUAAGCUGUCACAAUGAUCCUGCUCAGCCGCAAUUCUAGAUAGCCCAAUACCAGACUGUGCUCACUGGCUGGCUGACAGGCAACAGUAAGGCCACUGGAAAAGUGGGAAUAAGGUGAGGAUGAAUACUUCACUCUGAGAGAUGUCAACAGAUUUGUACUUCAUGCAGCCACUGUCCUAGGGAAGCAUUCAGCAAUCCUAGCAAUCAACCAAAGGGCAGAUUGCAAGAUCCCUUGGAGACCAGGCCAGCCCCUCUGAGCACUGUCAAGCCAGUCUUCCUGAAGCUUAUGUGGCAGAAAAUACACUUACCUGUUAACAAAGUGAGCUUGCAGGACUUCAGUCUGAAUUUCCACUGCAGCUCUCAUGACAUUGCAUGCCUUUUGCCAACAGACCCUGCAUAUUGGUUGGGUUUACAAGUGUUUUCAUCUUGUCCAUAUGUCCUUAUUGGAAAGGCACGCAUGUUGUUGUUGCCAGAUCCCUCCAUGUUCUUGACAGUGCUCAUAACCUUUCUGAGGGGUCAGCCAAUGCAUCAAGCAGUUUUGUGUGUGUGCCCAUCAACUCCUGUCUCUUAGCCACCCCAUCAAGUCCUCAUUUGAUCCCUCUGCAGCAGAACCUCCAGCAACCCAGCACUAUUGUCCUUACCCUCGACUCUGGUUAAGGACCACUCAUGCCUCAUCUCUCACUGAAAACAAUGGAUAUUGCAAAGGCCCUUACACUUCCUACAAUAGUGCUGAAGACUGGUGGUCCAGCAGCCGCUACCCAAGCUGUUCCAGUACACCAACAAAACUGGCAUAUAACCAGCAUUGUAGAAAACUGCCCAGGUAUGUCCCAGGCACAAAAAGCAGGACAUAUCCAAUCUGGCCAUCAGUAUACUCACACAUUGAUCUAAUGGAAGGGGUUGUUGAUAACGCUGUCUAAUGACACAUGCAAAGAAAUAACCUGCUCACUGAUGCUGAGCUUGGGUUCUGCCAGAGCCACUCAUCUCCUGAACUCUUUACAAUAUUUGCCCAAACAAGCAGCUAGGAGCUGAACCCCAGACGUGAGAGUGACUGCUCUUAACAUCAAGGCAGCAUUGGAUUGGGUAUGGCAUUAUGGAGCCCGAGCAAAGCUGCAAUCAUGGAGAAAACCACUGGAUGGAACAUUACCUAUUACAAAGAAAGGUUGUGGCUGCUGGGGGUCAGCCAUCCUAGUUUCUGGACAUCACUAAGGAGUUCUUAAGGCUAGUGUCUUCUGCUGCUUCAUCAAUGACCUUCACCAAAACAUCAGAAGUGGGGAUUGUCAUUAGUAGUUGCACAAUGUUCAUCACUGUUCACAGCUCCUCAAAUACUGACGCAGACUAUGUUCAAAUACAGCAAGACCUGGACAAUAUCUUUGUUAAGGCUGAUCAACGGCAAGUAACAUUUGCACUACACAAGUGCCAGGCAAUGAUCAUCUUCAACAAGAGAGAAUCCAGCCAUCACUUCUCGAUGUUGAAUGGCGCUACCAUUAUUGAACGCUCUACUAUCAAUAUCUUCAGAAAUUAGUUUCAAAGAAUAAUCAUACCUGAUUUGUAACAUUAACUCUGUUUCUCCCUCCACACAUGCUGCCAGACCUGCUGUCUCCAGCUAUUUCUGCUUUUAUUUCAAG